CCAUCGAAGGCAAAGAAAAGUUGAAGGGCGACGACGUAUUUUGCCAAAAAACGUUGUUUAACGUUGGCGCGAACAAACUGUGAAGCCGCCAAGGAUAGACCGUCGAGGAAACCAGCGGCCAGUUUUUUUUUUUUUUUGUGGGGGGGGGGGGGACCGCGUGUGUAAAGCGUCGCCGGCGUUAAUAGCUUAGAAUUGAGUCUCCGCGACGGCGAACAAUCUUAGUUCCGAUGGAGUUACCGGAGUGCCCCGUUUGCCUUCAAACCUACAACGAAUAUAAUACAAUUCCUCGGGUUCUUGCUUGUGGCCACUCGGUUUGUGAAGCCUGCCUUGUUGAACUUCCACAGCGUUAUCCCACCACCAUCCGCUGCCCUGCGUGCACACAACUCGUCAAGUACUCCGCUCAGCAAGGCCCCUCCGCCCUUCCCAAGAACAUCGACCUCCUCAGACUCUGUAUUGAACACCCAUCUACUUCUUUUGAUGUCUCGCAGAAUUCGAAGCAUCAUUCCGCAAAGAACGGUGAUGAUCACUAUGAAUUUUGUCCUCGGUUCUGGUCAGACGAGUUUUAUGCCGUCUGGAAGGAUUGGAUUCUCCCCCACGACGUUGUUUCAAUUGAGUCCGAAACCCCUGGCCGCGAUGGCCCUGCUCUUGGCCGUCUUCUACGAGGGCGAUUCAUUUCAACUUUUUCUUUGAACGGUAGAGUUUGCAUGAAGAAAAACCAGAGCCUGAGCCUUGCCCCGAUUGCUUCUUUACGGCCCAUCAAUCGUUCUAAGUUAAAGCUUAGCUAUGAGGCUCGAAUUAUGAUGUGUUUGGAAGGGAUGAAAGAGGUUCAGAGGCAUGAGUUAGCAUUGUUUCUCGAAGCGUCCAUGAAACAGAAUAGGAUAUGUGAUGCUUAUGGCUUGUGGAGCGACUUAGUAGAUGGUCAUCUAUAUUUAGUGUGUGAGAGACACAAUGGUAGUCUUGCCGAGAAGUUCAGUGAGUUGAAAAGUGGGUUUGUCGGUCUCGCUGGAGAUGCUUUGAAUAGAGAUGGAUUUGUUAGUUUUUCAAUGAGAGGUUUGAAUAUUUGUGAAGCUUUGAUUGCUCUGCACACUGAAGGUUUGGUUGCUGGAUAUUUUGGACUUUCUUGCUUCUGUUUUGAUGAGCUCGACGGCAUUUAUUUUAAUUUGAAUGAGGCAUUAGAGAAGGGAAGGAAGGUUCGUUUUGAUCUAAUGGAUGCUAUCUCUGGUGGCACAAGUAAUACAUAUAAGCAAGAAGCAAUUUUUGAACAUGUCUUUAAAUAUGAGGAUGUCAUAAGCCCAGAGGGUUUGUUUGAAUUAUUGCUGAAGGAGACUAUUACUCUAGAGAGUGGGCGCACAAGAUACCCCGUUGGAUAUAGCUCUGAUGUAUGGUCAUUGGGCUGUGUGCUGCUGCGCCUCCUUUUUGGAAAUGCUCUCCCCCAGUAUGCAGUGGAAAUGAAUGGGGAGAAGGAAGGCCUUGACCUUUUAGCUAGUUAUAUUUGUUGGGCGGAGAGAAUUGAUUGCUUGUUGGAAGAUAAAUUGGGAUCAGAGUAUUUGUUGUUGAGGCAGACUCUCAGCAAAUGUUUGAAAAUACAUCCAGGAAAUCGCCCAGAUGUGGCAGAUGUGAGAAAAUGCAUUUGGGAUAUGCUCAUCAAACCUCCAUUUGAUGUUGUUGGCACCUUGGAGGUUGCAAUAGAUAGAAACAGCGCAAAUUGCUGCUUGAUUCUGGGGGAGUUGUGUCAGUUUCCCCGACAAUCCUCAACACUGCAGAGAGAGUGUGAGUUGCAGGACAAAGAAGAUGGUGGUGUACCAAAUUUUGUUCAGGACGGGAAGGAGAAACCUGAUGGAGAUUUUGUAGGGGGCCACUCGAAGGAAAUAACUGAAGUUAAAGAUCUAAGAGGCCAUCUUGAUUGUAUCACCGGAUUGGUUGUUGGAGGGGGAUUUCUGUUUAGCUCCUCGUUUGAUAAAACCAUCAAUGUAUGGUCAUUGCAGGACUUUUCUCAUUUACAUACCUUUAGAGGUCAUGAGAAUAAAGUCAUGGCUCUGGCUUAUGUGGAUGGAGAAGAGCCCUUGUGCAUAAGUGGUGACAGCGGAGGGGGUAUAUUUAUCUGGGAAAUAAUUUCCCCUUUUGGGCAACACCCAUUGAGAAAGUGGUAUGAGCAGAAGGAUUGGCGUUUUAGUGGGAUCCAUUCUAUGGUUGUUUCAAGAAAUCUUUGCCUUUACACUGGUAGUGGUGAUAAAUCAAUAAAAGCUUGGUCAUUGAAGGAUGGAACUCUAAUGUGCGCAAUGAAUGGUCAUACAUCUGUAGUCUCCACACUAGCAUUAUGUGAUGAUGUUCUUUAUAGUGGUAGUUGGGAUGGUACCAUUAGGUUGUGGAGUCUUAUUGAUCACAGCCUGUUGUCAGUGCUGGGGGAAGAUGUGCCUGGAGAGAUGAAAGCUGUCCUGUCUAUCACAGUUGACAGACAUCUUCUCGUUGCGUCUCAUGAAAAUGGAUGCAUAAAGGUCUGGAGAAAUGACAUCUUCAUGAACUCCAAAACAUUGCAUAGUGGUGCCAUUUUUGCUAUUAGUAUUCAGGGGAACUGCCUCUAUACAGGGGGUUGGGACAAAAAAGUUAAUAUACAGGAAUUGUCAGGAGAUGAGUUUCAAUGGGUUGUCAAUUCAGUUGGAUAUAUUCCUUGCAGUUCUGUUGUAACAGCUAUGCUAUGCUGGCAAGGAGAACUAUUUGUUGGGUUUGCUGAUAAGUCUGUCAAGGAGAACAUUGGCCGCAUUAAAAGAACUAUCAACGAUUACGCGAGCUUGAACUACUGGGUUGUUUGCGACUACUAUCGUCUGGUGGACUCGGUCAAUGCCUUUGAGCCGCUGAUGCAGAGACUCUCUGAUGAGCAGUUGACUGCGAAAACCCAGGAGUUCCGGCUCCGGCUUAAGCAAGGGGAUUCGCUUGCUGAUAUUCAAGCUGAAGCAUUUGCCGUUGUUCGUGAAGCUGCAAGAAGAAAACUUGGAAUGCGCCAUUUUGAUGUCCAGAUUAUUGGUGGAGCGGUGCUUCAUGAUGGGUCCAUUGCCGAAAUGAAAACGGGGGAGGGAAAAACAUUAGUUUCCACCUUAGCGGCAUAUCUUAAUGCCUUGACUGGCGAGGGUGUCCAUGUGGUAACUGUCAAUGAUUAUUUAGCUCAACGUGAUGCUGAAUGGAUGGGUCGUAUUCAUCGAUUCUUAGGUCUUUCUGUGGGUCUUAUUCAGAGGGGGAUGACUGCUGAAGAGCGGAGAUCUUAUUAUAGAUGUGAUAUAACAUACACCAACAAUUCGGAACUUGGCUUUGACUACCUACGAGAUAAUCUUGCUGGAAGUAGCGGACAACUUGUGAUGAGAUGGCCAAAGCCAUUUCAUUUUGCAAUUGUUGAUGAAGUAGACUCUGUCCUGAUAGAUGAAGGAAGAAAUCCUUUGUUAAUUAGUGGUGAGGCUAGUAAAGAUGCUGCACGAUACCCUGUUGCUGCAAAAGUGGCCGAACUGCUUUUACGGGGAAUUCAUUAUAAUGUGGAGCUUAAAGAUAAUUCUGUCGAGUUGACUGAGGAAGGAAUUGCUCUUGCUGAAAUGGCUCUUGAAACAAAUGACCUUUGGGAUGAAAAUGACCCCUGGGCUAGAUUUGUGAUGAAUGCUUUGAAAGCUAAAGAAUUCUAUCGCCGAGAUGUGCAAUACAUAGUCAGAGAUGGGAAGGCCUUAAUUAUCAAUGAGCUGACAGGAAGAGUUGAAGAGAAAAGGAGAUGGUCUGAGGGGAUUCACCAGGCUGUAGAGGCAAAGGAAGGUCUAAAGAUUCAGGCAGAUUCAGUUGUUGUCGCACAGAUCACAUACCAAUCAUUAUUUAAACUCUAUCCAAAGUUGUCAGGAAUGACCGGAACUGCAAAAACAGAAGAGAAAGAGUUUUUAAAAAUGUUUCAAAUGCCAGUCAUCGAAGUGCCCACUAAUCUCCCUAACAUGCGAAAGGAUUUACCUAUCCAAGCUUUUGCUACUGCUCGGGGGAAAUGGGAGCAGGUUCGCCGUGAAGUUGAUUAUAUGUUCAGACAAGGUCGUCCAGUCUUAGUUGGGACAACUAGUGUAGAAAAUUCUGAACUAUUGUCUGGUUUGCUUAAGGAAUGGAAUAUUCCCCAUAAUGUCCUGAAUGCUCGACCUAAGUAUGCUGCAAGAGAAGCUGAGAUUGUUGCACAGGCAGGACGUAAAAAUGCCAUUACAAUCUCUACAAAUAUGGCAGGCAGGGGCACCGAUAUAAUCCUUGGUGGAAAUCCAAAAAUGCUCGCCAGAGAAAUUAUAGAGGACAGCUUACUUUCAUUUUUGACACCAGAAGCUUCUAAUGUUGAACUUGUUGGGGAGGCAAUUUCACAAAAGGUGCUUCCAAAUAUAAAGGUUGGAUCAUCAUCACUGGCUUUAUUGGCCAAGACAGCCUUAAUGGCUAAAUAUGCAUCCAAAAGCGAAGUCAAAAGCUGGACAUAUCAGAAGGCAAAAUCUUUCAUCUCUGAGGCUAUUGAAAUGAGUCAGUCAUAUAAUUUGGAUGAGUUGGAAAAGCUUGCAAAUGAAGAGUUUGAGAUCUAUCCUCUUGGUCCAGCGGUAGCACUUGCUUAUUUGUCAGUUUUGGAGGAUUGUGAAAAGCACUGUUUGAAUGAAGGAUCUGAGGUGAAAAGACUUGGGGGCCUUCAUGUAAUUGGUACAUCUUUGCACGAGUCCCGAAGAAUUGACAACCAGCUCCGUGGCAGAGCUGGAAGGCAGGGGGAUCCUGGAUCAACACGAUUUAUGGUCAGCUUGCAGGAUGAAAUGUUUCAGAAGUUCAAUUUUGAUACUGAAUGGGCAGUGAGACUUAUAUCAAAGAUUACAAAUGAUGAAGAUAUGCCAAUUGAGGGUGAUGCCAUUGUCAAGCAGCUCUUGGCACUGCAAAUUAAUGCAGAGAAGUACUUCUUUGGUGUGAGAAAGAGCCUAGUUGAGUUUGAUGAAGUAUUAGAGGUCCAACGAAAGCAUGUUUAUGACCUUAGGCAGUUAAUUCUAACAGGGGAUGCUGAAAGUUGUUCCCAACAAAUAUACCAGUACAUGCAAGCUGUGGUGGAUGAGAUUGUCUUCAGUAACGUUGAUCUACAAAAGCAUCCAGGUAGUUGGAAUUUGAGUAAGCUUAUUAAGGAGUUUAUGACAAUUGGUGGAAAGGUGUUACAUGAAUCUUUUGCAGGGAUUUCUGGAGACACUUUGCUGAAAUCACUUGAACGAUUGCAUGAUGUGGGUUCCGUUGAUAUUGUCAACUUUUCUCUUCCAAAUUUGCCAGCACCUCCAAAUGCUUUCCGUGGAAUUCGCCGGAAGGGAUCUUCAUUGAGACGUUGGCUUACUAUAUGCUCUGAUGAUUUAAUUGAGGAGGGAAAUUUUCGGACAGUCAGUAAUCUUCUUCGCAAGUACCUUGGAGAUUUUUUAAUUGCUUCAUAUUUAAAUGUUGUUGAAGAGUCUGGUUAUGGCGAGAGACAUGUACAGGAAAUUGAGAGAGCAGCUCUUGUGAAAACGCUGGACUGUUUCUGGAGAGAUCAUCUUGUAAACAUGAAUAGGCUCAGUUCAGCGGUAAAUGUAAGGAGUUUUGGACAUAGAAAUCCUCUUGAAGAGUACAAAAUUGAUGGUUGUCGGUUUUUCAUCUCAAUGCUUAGCGCAACCCGAAGGUUAACUGUGGAGUCACUGCUGCAAUAUUGGGCAUCUCCAAUGGAAUCCCAAGAACUAUUUGAUUUCUAACUGUUCAAUGCUUUGAAAUGAAGGUAGAUUAUUUAAGGGCAAAAGCAACUUUGCGAAUCAAACUUGUGCUUGUUAUUCUCUAUCAGUAUGCCUGCAACAGUUUUUUUCCGCUAGUCGUGUUACAUUUCACCUACAGCAUGAGCGAGUUUCAUAAUAUGGGGGCAGCGCCUGGCAGGUUUUCUCUUUCAUCUUCCUGGAUGCACUGACAAAGUCUAGAGGAUGGUUUUUCACAUGGUUCCUUUUUAACAGCAACGUUAAUAUGAGGGAUAGUUCUUUACCUAUUUGGUGCCUUUGCCUGGAUGUAAUAAUUUUCUGUUGCUUCCCAGAAGUGAAGUUUGGUCAUUCCUAAAGGAGGCUUAGCAUUUUGCUGCGCCGCAAUCUUCUGUUUUACAAGGAGACUUUCUCAUCUUGCCCUCCGCUUUUUACCUAUCUCACGUCCAGCGUGUACCAUUACUAUAGCUGAUAUGUGUACAUAACGUAUCAUGAAUGCUUGACAAAGCCCGUCUGUGCCCAUGAGGGCCAAAAGUGAAAGUCGUGAUCCGGCAUCUUCAUAAUUUAGGAUUUUAUUCUUGUCAUUUAUUUCUGCAUACACAGGUGGCAUGCAAGAUAUACGAAGCUUAUUUUUAUAUAAAAUUUAAUCACUUAUACAA